UAGUGUUGGGUUCAAAGUGACCACUGACCAGGGAAUUUGCAACCCUGAAAGGCCAGUGAAUACACCAAUAAUGGCAAAAUCUAGAGUGAACUUGAAAGCUUCAAACAAUUAUAACUCUCAAAUAGAUGAAACUAUGACAAAGAAUGAUGAAAACACCAGUUUUGAAAUGGAAGAAACAAAUGUGGAAAGCACAGCAAAUAUGACAAAUGAGACAUAUUGCUGCACCCAUGAUGUUAGUGCUAAGGACAGAAGUACAAUAGAGGAUAAAACUGGCACUAGAGGCAACAAAAGCAAUGUUGAGAAGCUGGAGAAAGCGAUGGAAUCGAUCCAUUCUGAAGAUACAACUCUGUUGGCCCACCCAGACCUUGUUCAGGAAGAAAUCAUCACAAAGGACGAAAAUAACACUAAUGAUGAAGAAAUCAAUCAUGAAACCUAUCAAGACUUUCUUCAAAAUGCAAUAAUCACAGAGGAUGAGCUUAGUGCCUGUUCUGAAGAUGAAAUAGAAAAUGGCACAGAUUAUUUCUACAGAGCAGAAGACAACACAAGCCAAACAAAUUGUAAUCUUGAUCCAACUUUGUACUUCUGCAGGUUUUCAAACUCCUUCAAUAACUGCUGGAUGAAUGCCACAAUGCAGAGUAUUCUCAACCUGAAUAUUUUCAGAAGGUUUGUGGCUCACUAUCCUGAAGCAGUUUUUGGAGCUUUGUCAGGAACACCAUUGUUUGCCAGCCUUUUCCUCACAGCUAUGCAACAUCCAGGAAAAUAUUUUUCUCCAGGAGAAAUCUACAAAGUUCAGAUCGAAAUAAGUAAAAGAAUAGAGUCAGUAGGUUUGGCACAAGAGGACGACCUAACAAACUUUUUGUCAGCUCUUUUAGUCUGGCUUAAUCCAUGUGGCAUGAGUACAAGUUGCAUGCUGUAUACAGCUAUUGCUUGUGAAAGAUGUCAGGAAGCUUUACUUGACAUCAGAGAACUCGGUCCAAUACUUUACCUCCCGCCUCCACUACCUUACGACAGCAUCACAUCUCUCCUUAACCGGUGGGUUUCUGAGACCUAUGCAGAAUGUUGUGAUGUCUGCUUCUCCAUUUUAAAGAGAAAAGAUAUCCUCAAUCACACUGAUGUGAUAGCCCUGCAUCUGCCACGGUCAUACAACCAGGUUGAUUUGAAAUAUCCUGUGACUCCUAGUCUAACUAUUGACAUUCCUGUUAAAACUGGAACCCAGUUAUACCGUCUAUCCUCUGUCAUUUGCCGCCAAACACUGACUCCUUAUAUGGACCACUUUUACACAUAUCUGAUGUGUGGACAGCUGGUUUUUAAGGCUGAGGACGAUCAGGUAACAAUUUCAAAUACAACCUCUGUGGCCGACAUUUGCUAUAACGGAUUUAUCUAUGUCUAUGAGAAGUGCACAGAAGGACAAGACAAUUUUAGUGUUGGGUUUAAAGUAACCAUUGACAAUCAUGAAGUCCAUCAAGACCAUCUUCAAUAUGCUAUGAUCACAGAAGAUGAACUCAGCAUCGGUUUUGAAAAUGAAAUACAAAAUGGCUCUUAUUAUUUUCACAUAGCAGAAGACAACACAAGUCAAAGAAAUUGUAAUAUUGAUCCAACCAUCUACAUUUGCAAGUUUUCCAACUCCUUCAAUAACAGUUGGAUGAAUGCCACGAUGCAGAGUAUUUUGAACCUUAGUGUUGCCAGAAAGUCUGUGGCUAAGUGUCCCUCCAAGGUCUUUGGAGCUUUAUCAGCAACUCCAAUCUGUGCUAGCCUUCUCCUAACAGCCAUGCACCAUCCAGGAAAAUAUUUCCCCCCGGAAGAAAUCUACCAAGUCCUGAUGGAAAUCAGUGAAAGCAUGCCAUUACUAGGCCUGACACAGCAAAACUAUAUAGCAACAUUUUUGCGGGCUAUUUUGCGCUGGUUAAACCCAUGCGGCAUUAAUUCAGCUUGCAUACUAAACAACAUCAUCACUUGUGAACGAUGUAAGUUGGCUACACCAGUCUUGUCAGAGAGACAGUGCUUUUAAUCAAAGCCUACACCUCUUCAACAGGGAUAAGGUUGGCACCAUUCAAUAAGCAGAAUGUUUGCCUUCCUUAUCCAUUCCAAAGUCAGUUCUCAUGUCCAUUUUGGAUUAAUGUCCGGCUGGAAAGCCCAGUCGUGUCUGAAUUUCAACGAUGUAACAAAAGGGAAGCACAGUGGUGGUAGCAUCAUGCUUGGCGUGUGUUUACCUGUCAGUGCUACAGGUGAAAUAAACAAAGUGAGUGGAAUACAGAUGAAUGACUAUUUACCACAAGCCAUCUAGAACAGUGUAUUUUAAUUUUGCAAAUCUGCAGAGUGUAUUACAUAAAUUACUUUUCAGUCCAACAUUGAAAUAUGAUGCAUUUGAGUCAGAAAGUGUAUGAGCUUCUUAAAGCCAAUUUUAAGACGUCAAAGUAUGAAAU